GUCAUAUUCUCUUUUAGGAAUAUAGUUUGAGUAAAGCUCGAGAAUUAACGUAAUAUUAUAACAAUGAACCAGGACGAAGAAAACCUAUGCAAACUUGUAUUGCUUAUUGUAAAUAUUGCAAUGAACGUUAUACGACAAAUCAUUAGUUGUAAAUUGCUAAAAAGUGAAGAAAACUUUAUAUUCUAUUUGAAAAGUAACAUGCAUAUGUUGUUCCAUGCUUGGCAUAACAGCAAAAAAUGUUGCAAAUGCUCAAAUGAUGAAAAUAACAAUUCGGAAAGCAUGCUUACAGGUGACCAGUUCCGUCUAAUGUUUAAUACAGGCAUGCAAAUGAAUAAAGAACAUACACAUGUGAAAAAUAACAAAAUAUAUUGUUUUAACAAGAUAUCAGUUCGGGAAGAUGCUUCCCUCGAGAAUCUAGAUUUGACAUUAGCUAACUGUCUCCUUAUUUGUACAUGUACACCUGAAAGAGUAAAGGAUAAUGUUGAAAGGUCAUCUAUUUUGGACUGGACGAAAAACAUAAAAGAUUCCCGCAAUGAGAUAUUUCAUUUAGCAAAUUCCAAAUGUUUACCUACUGAGGAGUUCAAGCGUAAAUGGACAAAAAUUGAGGGAGCUGUUUAUGGACUUGCAAGGCUAGUAGGCAGUCAAUACAGUGACCAAAUUAAAGAAGAACUUAAGACUUUAAAAGCCAAAAAUGUGACAAAUUGUCAAAACGAACUAAAAGAAAUAUUAAUUCAGUGCAAACAAGACAUAAACCUACUUAUUCAUCAACAAUAUGAGAAAAGUUUUAAUGACAAGUUUAAGAGAGUUGGCAUCAACAAACUAAAGGAUAUAAGACAACAAUGGACAACGAUACACAAACGAGAACAAAUCUGUGCUAAGGCAGGUGGAAUCAAAAUCAACAUUGUAGACACAUCAUACAUAAAGGAAGAUGUUGUUAAAGAAAACAAAUCAGUAGAAGUACUUUUACGCGUCCAGACCCCUGAAGAAUGGGAUGAGGAUAUCAUAAUCGAGUCCAUACGACGUAUGUGUGAUGAAAUAAAUAAAGGUGGAAACAUUAUAAUUAAGGAGACAACCCUUGAACAAUUUAUGCUAGUAGUUGAAAUGUUGAUUGACACACUAAAAACACAGCAAAAUUUGAAAGAUGAAAUUGAAAUGUUUUUCCGGAAAAUAUUUGAACAGUGCAAUAUUGAUACCAGCCAGUCGGACACAGUUUACGUUUCUAUUGAAUCCAUUACUGAAAUACAAAGUCCCGUUCCAUCUGAUGUUGAACUAGUUUUAAUGAAGAACUUGGCAGUUCAAAAAAGAAAAGACGCAUUCUUUACCAGUUGUGCAGUAUGGUCGGACAAUCAUUAUAUUUUCAUUGAUAGCAAUAAUAUGUGCCUUAUUGUGUCCAAUCACAAAACUGGUGAUACUGAGGAAAUUGAACUGAGAAACAAGCCAUUUAGUAUGGCGAUUAUUGAUAGCAACAACGUAGCUAUUUCUUUCCCAGAAAAGCAGGAAAUCGCCAUUCUCAAUUUAAGCGCUAUUGGCAAACAUGGACCGACAAAGUUUAAAAAGGUUAAUGGUAAAUGUUAUACACUUACUAAGUAUGAUGACAACACAUUACUUGUAUACAUACAGGGCAAAGGAAUACAUUCUUAUGACAUGUCAAAGGACGAAUUUAAGUCACUUAAUAUACAAAUUCCUUCUUUUGUCCCACAUUCUGACGAAAUUUGUGCUCAAAAUAACCGUCUUUUUCAUACCAACCGAUCUAGUGGCUCCGUAUUCUGUUAUGAAAUAAACGGUAGUAUGUUGUGGAAAUUUGAACGCGAUUUAAAAAGGCCUACGGCGUUGACAAGCGAUACAUUUGGUAAUGUUUAUGUUACCGAUUAUACGUCUCAUCAUCUAUACUUCAUUUCAGCCGACGGUCAGUCACACAAAACGCUAUUGAGUAGGAAAGACAAGCUAUGGCUUCCAACUUUUGUAUAUUUUUGUGUGAAAAGAAAUUGUUUAUUAAUAGUUAAUAGGGACAACGGGUAUGCUGCAAGUUACAGUAUUAAGUAUGAAAAAUAGUACACAGAAUUGUAAAUCAUAUUUUGCAAUUCUUUAACUCAAACAUUGUAUUUAUUCAUUUAGUAUAUGUCUAUUUGUUAUUUGUUUCUGUUUUGUUUUAUAAUAAAUGGUUAGCUUUGA